AUGACAAAUCCGAGCAACAGAGCCGUCCGAGGUUCUGAUCUGGGGAGAGAUAUUGUAAUCGAGGAAUUGCUAUCUGCUCGAACUUUAGCCAGCGCGCACUUGCUUGCAGUCGCGAAGCUGCCCUUAGAUAUCCUAUCCACGCGAUGGAGAGAGGGGAAGAACCGGCCAGUAGACGAAGGCCACAUAAACAGUCUAUGCAAGAGCUUUGUCAACAGGGGUAUAGGUCGGCAAGACGAGGGGAAUUUCAUGAAGGUUGCAUGCAGCGCCCAGGCCGUUACCGCCAUCAAGGCUUAUCUUCACCAGAGCCGGGGACAGACGGGAAAUGCAGCAGGGAGCUCGGAAUACGACGGAGCGAAUAAUCGGCCAUAUCCAACCCCCGAACCACUUGACUUCCGGGCAUGGGCUGAAGCCACCAAUGAGCUUGCAGAGGUUCUUGACGGGCAGCAUCGCCUAAGAGCAGCUCAGCAAGCGCUUGGCCUCAGCGACAAAAGCAAUAGAUGGUGGGUUUGCGAGAUUUAUGACAAAGACACGCUCCCAAGCGAAAUACGGCUUCAGCUCUGCAUGAAUAGACAAGAACUAAAGCUAGCUGAUCGCGAUGGGCAAAUUUGGACUCAGCUUGUGUCGAUGUUCAACAGUCCAGAGGGGGUUUUGCGUGGUGAAAAUAAUACCCGCGAUAUUUGCAAAAGACUCGGAGCCGCCCUGAAGCUAGAUGGUGAAAACGCAACUAAGCUCCCAAAUCGGAUGUUGAUAAUAUUAAGAAACGAGCAGUGGAACCAAUUCACUACGUCAUGGUGCAAGACAGCUAUUGGGAAAGAGACGUUUAACGCUUCCAAAUGGGUUGGUAUGAUUGCCCACCGCCUCGACCAUUUCUGGAUAUCGCGCUUCCAGAGAGUGCUUGAUACUUUGGAUGCCCUCGACCGUGAGGUGGAUGUGCCUUAG